AUGAGCCUUUGGAUCAUCUCUAUUUCUAAUGGAGUAGUUGGUAGUCUGGUACUCUGGUUUUAUUUUUGUCUGGUUUUUUUUCCCACCUCGCACCACCCCUCCGAUUUUUAUUUCGCUUCGGUACCCCCUCCUCCGCUUUGUCCGCACGAAAAAAUCGUGCGAACCAGGGGACUGAAUAGCCUACCCAGUCUAGCUGCCACGAUCCCUAUCCUCUACAUCUCCUCCCUUGACCGAUCCAGGGGAGAUACCGCCGCCCUCGCGUGUGAUCUCCGCGGAGGCCAGCGCCGUGUUCGGCGUCAUGGACGCAGGCUCAGCCACCUGCGCGCGGCCACUGACGCACCCAAUGCGGCGCUACCGCCGACCACCCGCUCAUGCCGCCGUGGUCAGCCGCACCGUCAUGCCCAUCUCGAUCACGCCCUUCUCCCCUCCUCUCUCCCUACUCACGAGCAGUCUUAUCGAGGAAACCCGACGCCGACCAGCCGGCCACGGACAGUGGCAGCGUUCGUCCCUGAGUCUCAAGGUACGCCGUACAGAGGGGAUCAAGCUGUAUAUUGCUAUGUGGAAUGCUUUGAUUCAAUGGUGUUGUCGGGUUGGGAGCAUGAAACAUGCUCUGUAGUUCUUUGGUUCAAUGCAGGAGGAAGGGAUGUACGUAGACCUGAAGAUUUUAUUAAGAUCAUCCACGGGCUGGGGAAGCAAGGGGAGUGAGAUUAAAUCAAGAUUUUUUUUUGACAAAAUGAGGAUUCAAUGGCUCAACGAGAGUAAGCCCCAAGCUAGAUCAUUGUUGUUUUCCUUUAGUAGGAUGUCACAUAAUUCAUUUAGAGUGGAGCAGGAACAUUCAAAAAGGAAAUGUACAUCAUAUAUAUUAGUAUAAUACAUCUGACACUUUCUCGUCUUUCACUAAUAGCACAUUGAUCAUAGCAUUUGUAUAGCUCAUUCCGGUGUAAGUCGGGCCAAUUUAGAAAAUAUUUCAAAGGUUAUA